GCACCUGUUUUUGCCUUGAUAUAUAUGCUAUUAAUACUAACUGUACCUGGCUUUGGUGAUACAUGUAUACUAUGUAAUGUAAUACCCAUAUAUUUGCGUUUAAUUUAUUUCGAUUUCGAAUGAUUGCAAAGCCAUAAAAAAUGGAACGUACGUUCGUUUUUUAAACAAAACAUUUCGUCUGCUAGCCACAACAGUGACAGUCAUAAUAUAGGCCUACUACGAGCGGUCAACGGUAAAGAAAGACCUUUAUUCUGUCUUAUGGAACUAGUGAUCGUGCAAGUUCAUGCUUGUAACCUGAUCAAGACUAUAAGCUUAACAGUUUGUUUAAAGUAUAUAGGAAUAUAGUUUGGUUUCUCGGAAGGAAUUAACGAAUUGUUCGUGGACUUAUAACUUAUUAGCCGCACUCAGCAUCUUGUGUUUAUGUCAGUGACUCAUCAAAUAGAAUCUACCUACACAGUUGGGAAACCUCCAAGCAAGUGAAUUAUCUAUUGAAGUUCUGUUGAUUUAGAAGUGUUAAUUAACUGUUAUUAAUUUUAGUGCAUGUUUUGUUGUUUUCUUAAAUUCAGAUUUUGAUCGAAAAUUGUGUAUUUCACAAUGAUUAUUAUGAAGAAUUACUUACUAUUGGAAUAUAAUUAAAAUAAAAUGAUGCCUGGAAACUUUCUACCACAGCCUCCUUCGAGACCAAAAUUAACAGGGGGUAAAAGGGCACCAUCAUGCCCCCUGGCAAUGUCAAUUAGCUCUAGUGAAAGUGAUGAAGAAGAAAAUAAUGUUUCUAUGGAAAAGACACCAAGCCCCAGAAUCAGUCUCGAUCUAGGAAAUUUGAAAUCUAGUCCACGAUCAAAAGUUGAAAAAAGUGAAAAUGAUCAUGGUAGCCCCAGCCCUUGUAGUGAUUCAUCCCGAAACCCUUCAGCUGUGUCAAAUUAUGCGACAGAACAUGAUCAUGACUAUGAAAAUAUAGCAUCACCGUGUAGUAGUACGGCUAGUGGACCAACUUAUGUGCGGCCACCAGGUUUCGAACAUCAUGCUCAAGAAAUUGUCUCAAAUUCCAAAAUCAAGAAGAAAAAAACAGCAUUAUUUCCGUCCAGAGAGAAUUUAAGAAAGCGUGAACAAACAGUAACACCUCCUAAAGUUAAACCAAAAAGAGAACCUUUACCAAUGAAAUUGAGAGCCUUACCCCAAUCAUUCUGGCAGCAACCCAACAUUCCCCAUCAAGUAUCACCUGGCAGUAUAUUUCCUAUUUUACCACCUUUAUCUAUUAAAGAUACGGGAGAAGAUGUUACAGAAGUUCGACCUGUGACUCCACCAACGGAUCAAGAAUCGAAGAAGACUUCACGUUUACCUGAUCAGAAGGUUUCGGUGGCUGAUACUGCUUUAUUGUUUCGUCUAUUUGAUAGUGUCAGCCAGAAUAAGAAACCAAAUCCUAAAUCACAUAAACGACCCAGAAUGAAGACGCCGAGAACUGUUGUAAGAUGUAAAAGUAAUAUGAAAGGAUUAUUAUCUGGUAAUGAUCCAUAUCUAGUGGAAGAUGUCACUGACAAAUUGUUUCCACAAUUAUCGUUAGAACAUGGUAGAAAUGGCGGAGGUGGCGGUAUGACUACUUUACAAGUUAUUACGGUUCCUAACGGCGACAGGACACUGACUUUACCAACUCUCAGUAUCGAACAAAACUAUCCGCAGAUACUGUCAGAAUUGGUGAUGCAUAUUUAAUGAUAGAUUAACUGGGCUUUAUUUUAUAGUGUUACAAUCUGACUAAUUCAUAAAAAACAAAGAAGAAGUAAAGGGACUGAUCUACCACUACAACUUAGGUAUCAUUUAGUUGUGUUGUUUUAGCAGGAGUUCCUGUAUUUAAUGUUUAGUUUCAGGCCUUUGUUGGAAAUGAAAUGAAAUGGGGUUUAACGUUCUACUGUUCUGCUGCAAAUGGGCUAAUGAAGACUGACACAUGCCAUACAGUGUGCAAUGAUUGAAAUUUUGCCCGGGCAGCAGCACUAUGGCCUACUUUUAUAUCGAAUUCCAACUGCCAAGGGAUCUUUUAUGUGCAUGCCAAUGUAUACACAGGACCCCGUUUACUUCGUCCCAUCUGAAUGACUAGCUGUCCUUGUCAGGCCCUCCAUCCUGCACCACUGACAAGGGAAAAACCAUGACGGAAAAUCACGAUGAACUUUCUCAGCCAAUGCAGGGAGAGAGAACCAUUAAACAUCGAAACUCCUGCUAAAACAGCCUAACUAAAUGAUACCCAAGUUGUUGUGUACAUUUGGGCAAUUUUGAAUCCCAUGCCAACUACAAUAUUGUAAAAGUUAAAUCUCUAAAAGAAAUAUCAGUCCAAAAAUGGUUUAAUUUGUUUCAGUAUUUACAAAGAUAAGAUGUGUUGAAAAUGUCCUAACAUUAGGCAACCUCUGACAAGGGCAGUAAGACCUAUAAGUGAUGGAUAAAAUCUUUUGAUGGGCCUCUUUAUGUUAUUAAAUUGAACCCUAGCUGGGAAGAUUAUCUGCAGUUGAUAUGUGGAUUUCUGAUUUUCUUAAUUAAAACAUUAAAAUACAUGUUAAUUGGGAUUUAGGCUUGAAAAUUGAGAUAUUGUUGGAAAAGCGCAAAUGGCGACCAGCUGCCUUAAAGAAAUCAUAUUGGUAUAGCCAUUCUAAUAUCUGUUGAAUUUUUUAAUUGAAUGACUAUUUGAAGGAAUCUCUUUUGUAUUAUCUGAUGGUUAUGAUAUAUUUGUGUUAUCUGCCAUGAUGGUUAUUUGUAUAUAAGAAUCAUAAACUAGAAUUGUAUAUAAUAUGUAUAAUUAUUAAGAUAAGUACUGUGAUAGUAUUGAUUAAGACGAGCAUUAUUUAAUCAUCGUCUUUUCAUAAUUUAUUGAUAUUUUUAUUAUUCCCUCCAGUCGUCCAUUCAGUGUUUUAUUUAUAUCUAUAUAUAACGAUCCCCGGAAAACCUCCAUAAUUAUUUUAAAUAAUGCAAGUAAUUAUGUCAACAUAUUCUUUCCCUAAGUAUAACAU